UACUACUAUCAAUGUUAUAGUACCAGCAGCUCAAUUAGAUCCAAAUGAGUCAAUGGAGUAUACUGAAAAAAUAUUGACAAAAAUUCAAGUGAAUGACAAUGAACUCAGACUAGAAUCUAGUACUUCUUUUUGUGAUACAGAAAAUGAUUACCUCCUUCGAGAAACAAAGACCUUGUUACUUUCUGAAGCUAGACAGGAAAAGAAUCUUCAGCAGAAGGAAGGAAAGGAAGUAGAACAAGAGAAGAAUAUUAAAAUAUUAAACCUAGAAAAAGAAAGCAAGAGAUUUGAAACAUCUCAGAGAUCCUGUGAGUCCAGUUUUGGUGAUGGUGAUGCUGAAGGUGAAAAGGAGGUUGAAUAUGAAACAGAGGCUGAUGAAUCUACAACUGUGAUGGAAGAUGAGGAAAUAGAAGUCUAUGGCCCUGAAGGACUACCUGUAGUAGAGGGAGGAGCCAGAGAGACAAGAAUUUUGUUGCGUUGGGAAGAACAAUUAGAAUCUGGAUGGCUAAAUUAUCAUACCUGGCUGCUAGCUGAGCCAGGUGGAUCUUGGGACAUGUUAAAACUAUGGGGUUUUCUUGUUGCCCAUAUUGCAGUACUUCCAGCCCCUGCAGGCCCUAAUUUAACCAAACUCAGCCGUGAUGCCAUUCUAGGCUGGCUAGACAAGACACACAUGACAAUACUGGCAGCCUUACAAGGUACCAUCCCAGGCACCAUGGAGGAGAUGGCGUUACACCGGACGGUGACUUUAGGUGUAGUGAAAAGACUAUUAGUAGGGAGACGUGCACGUACCUCCACACGAAAAUUACCCACCUGGCUUGAACCGGUGGAGAUGGAGAGAAUGAUACAAGACUCAGCCAGAGGAUGGGAAACAAAGAUCAGUGCUAACCGUUGCCCACUUAUCUGGCAGUCGAUAGGUCAGGUAAAUUCUACGAUACGACGCCAGGACUAUAUUGAAUGGCUGUGGCGUCUAGUGGGACAUCUUAAGUUUUGGUGGAAGAUUGUACGUCAGGCGCAACCCUCAUCGGGAGAUCGCAUGAUGACAUCAAGAACACCCGUAACAACGUCUUCUUUAGUGAUAGAGUCAGCGAUAACAAAAGAAGAACAGAAGAAAUCUCUAGAGAUUACAAUGGCAAAGGACUGUCUGAUUCACCAUGAGCAACUUCUCCAGACAACGAUACCAGAGAGCAGCAGACGAACUGUCUUGCCAGACCUUAACUGGCAAAAGAAGCCCCAGAGUGUUUUGCAGAGGACUUCCUUGAACAGGCAGCCCCCGACAAGCGGAGGAAUGGAAACGUAAUGAAUCAGAUGAUAGCGGUGAUAUAAGACUGCAACCAGAGGAUUUUCCACCACUCCAAUUCCAAACUCCUCAACCUAAACGUUUACAGCGAGGGUCACAACCACAGCAGUUUCAAGAACAGUGGCAGCAAUGACAGCAGCAGCGGCAAAGACAGCGACAACAGUAGCAGCAGGAGGAAUGGAAACGGGAUGGGACAGCUGACAGCAGUGAUGCAGGACUGCAACCAGAGGACUUUCCACCACUUCAGCCCCAAAACACACAACCCAAAUGCUUACAGCAAAGACCCCAACCACUGCAGUUUCAGCAACAGUGGCAGCAGCGACAGCAACAGCAGCAGACAGAACUGAUCAUACCUAUAGAAUCCACUAUGAACAUGGAUAAUGGAAGUAUUAAUGACGCUAGCAUGGACUUACAGAUAGCUGUGCAAACGGAACUGCCGGUGAUCUCGCAUGAGAACUUGCCACAGCAGCUGCUGUGGUGGGGGAGAAUAGAAAGCAAGUCAUUGCCGGAUGUGAAAAACGGAAUCAGGUGAUUGAGGUGGAAGGGACGGUAGGGAUGGUGGAACAAGGAAGGGGCAAUGGUGUGACAAAGGUGUGUGUGGGGGUGGGGAAUACGGGAAUAGAUGAUAAAGGAUCGGAGGCAGUGGAAGGGACUGGUAACCAAAAGGAGACUUUAGAAAGGAAUGUAACAGAAUUGCCAAGAGAAAAAGAGGUCCCAAGACAAAAAGGGGAGCACUAUCAGGGGGGAGGGGAACGCCUACCACAAUGCCCACAGCAGCAACAGAGACGGCAGCAAGGACAAGAUGAACAUUUCGGCCAGGGAGAGCAACCUGGGCAGGGUCACACAGAAACGCCACCUGAGAGAGUAUUAUCCGAAAAGACAAUACCCACGACUAAUAUUCAAAUAGCACCCUCUGAAGGAGAGGCGAGAGGAGGAAGAGGAGUAACAUCAGGCCCCUCGCCGAAUACAAAUGAAAAGACUACAGACAGUAGAAAAGGUUCCAGACCAGGCCGCUCCUAUGCAGCCGCGGCUGGUGGAAGAACCGGAACAACUCCAAGAGGAACUUGGGGAAGAUCUGACGGAUCCAUGCGUGGCCCGCCUUUGGGAUCGAACUUUGGUUUCGGGUUCGACCUAGAGACUGAAAUGCUAGAAGAUGCCAGGUUCCUUGAUGAAUUUUACAGCCGGGUGGCCCGAGAGCCAGACCUACGAGAACGCUUUGUGGUACGUCUUCGAUAUCGAGGAAAUGACCUAAAUCUGCUAACGUGUGACUAUGUAGUCAAGGAAAUUUUGCUUGGCCGCCUGGGGAUUGGAAAAGAACAACUACUUGCCGUCAUCACACCUCCUGGACUUACAGAAGUUGACAUAUGUUUGGCAUCAGAGCGCAGCUACCAAGUCUUCUGGGAACGCUGUCGGACGGUUCGAAGGUUAGGAGGACGAUGUCUGGAAGAUUUUGAUGUUGUCCCCCUCUUCCGAGGGGAGAAUAAAGUAGUGACUAUAAGCUUUCGCACUACAGGAGUCCCUCAGGAGGAUGUAGGUGCCUGGCUAAAGUAA